AUGGCAGAUCAACCACAAGCUCACACAUCCACGUUUCCUACACCUCCUCAGUUCUUCCAAAACUUCACAGCCGAAAAUAUCUCCCGAAUAGAAGAGCUACGUGCUGCGCAGGCAGGCCCCGACUACAGUCCCAUUGACCCAGCUACGGCUCUACCAAUACGAUUGCUCGAUCUCCCUCCAGAGUUGCGCUUCCUCCAACCUCCAGAGCCGCCGGCGGAUGGAAUCUAUCGCUGUUUUGGCGAGAUCCAUAAUCUCAAUGAGCCCCUGCGCUCUCUUGAAGAGCAAGGCAUCCCACAACUUUACACUCCGCCUGCUACACCCAAUGGCUCAGGACGGCAUUUUGAUCGCGCAUUGGUCCUGAAGCGACUUGCGAAAUCCUUGCUUCUGAAUUUCCUUGAAUUGGUCGGAAUUAUGAGCGUGAAUCCCGAACAAUAUGCAGAAAAAAUCCAGGACCUCGGAACCCUGUUCUAUAAUUUCCACCACUUGCUGAACGAAUAUCGGCCCCACCAAGCACGAGAGAGUUUGAUACUUAUGAUGCAAGAUCAAUUGGAAAGAUCGAAAGCAGAGACUGAGGGGAUCCUGAGGAUGAAGGCAGAGGUUGAGACUGUCCUGGCGGGGCUGGGGAAGUUGGGUUUCUCUGAGAAGGAGGGGAGUGGGGAAGCUCCUGGGGCGGGGCCAGGAAACGGAGAGGUAGAAGAUGGGAGGGAUGUUUGGGACGAAUUGGAACGGGGAUUUUCCUAA